AUCAGUGUUCAGAGAGGAGAAAGAUCGGGGCAAAACACAACCCAAAUCGGGGGUUUCUUCUCAAAGCCAGCUGGUCUGGCUUUGUUUAUGCUGGACAUUUUUUUUUUCUUUUUCUUUUUUUUUUUACCUUUGAAUUGUUGAAUUUUUCAUUACCGUGGCCCACAGCAGGUGCUGUUGGGUAUAACUUCCUGGGGAAGAAAGUACCGGCACUGGUGCCACUCAAGCAAGAAAGCACUGAAACCUGUGAAGACAUCUCAUAUAAAGCACUGAAAGAAUAAUCACUCGACAGAAGGCUCUGAAGCUAAGGCUGAGAACGCAGAAGGAAAUGUGAAUGUGACGUGGAUGCUGGAAAUUGUGAACUGACUUGAGCAAGUACUGCAAAGACUGGUUGGAGGAUACUUGAGGAAAAGAGUGAAAGACGUGAAAAAAAAAAAGCACUUGGAGGGAGGAAAGAGAAGACAGGAACGAUGGGGAGAAAAAAGAUACAGAUCACAAGGAUUAUGGAUGAACGCAACAGACAGGUGACGUUUACAAAGAGGAAGUUUGGACUGAUGAAGAAGGCCUACGAGCUGAGUGUGCUGUGUGACUGUGAGAUCGCCCUCAUCAUCUUCAACAGCACCAACAAACUGUUCCAGUACGCCAGCACCGACAUGGACAAGGUGCUGCUGAAAUACACCGAGUACAAUGAGCCGCACGAAAGCCGAACAAACUCAGAUAUUGUCGAGACCUUAAGAAAGAAGGGCUUAAAUGGCUGUGACAGUCCCGACCCCGAUGCCGACGACUCGGUGGGCCACAGCCCUGAGUCUGAGGACAAGUACAGGAAAAUUAACGAAGACAUUGAUCUCAUGAUCAGCAGGCAGAGACUGUGUGCAUUGAGCAAGAAGGAAAACAAAGGCUGUGAAAGCCCAGAGCUCGACUCCUCUUUCGCUCUCACCCCACGCACUGAGGAGAAAUACAAACAAAUUAACGAGGAGUUUGAUAAUAUGAUCAAGACUCAUAAAAUACCUCAGACUGUACCCCCUUCAAACUACGAGAUGCCGGUUUCCAUUCCAGUGAGCAACCCCAACAGCCUGAUCUACAGCCACCCAGGUGGUUCCCUGGGCAAUCACAACCUGCUGCCUCUGGCCCACCAUUCGCUCCAGAGAAACAGCAUGUCUCCGGGAGUGACACACCGGCCUCCUAGCGCAGGCAACGCAGGUGUACUUAUGGGUGCAGACCUCACAGCUGGUGCAGGCACCAGUGCUGGAAAUGGCUAUGGAAACCAUCGCAACUCCCCUGGGCUGCUGGUCUCUCCAGGGAACAUGAACAAAAACAUGCAGGCCAAGUCCCCCCCACCCAUGAACCUGGGAAUGAACAACCGCAAGCCGGACCUGCGCGUGCUGAUCCCACCCGGAUCCAAGAACACCAUGCCGUCCAUAAACCAGAGAAUAAACAACUCACAGUCAGCACAAUCACUGGCCACCCCUGUGGUUUCUGUAGCAACACCCACUUUACCAGGACAAGGAAUGGGAGGAUAUCCAUCAGCUGUUUCUACCACAUACGGUACCGAAUACUCUCUCAGCAGUGCAGACUUGUCAUCACUCUCAGGCUUCAACAGUGCCAGUGCUCUGCACCUGGGCUCCAUGACUGGCUGGCAGCAGCAGCACCUCCAGAAUAUGCAGCACUCAGCCCUGAGUCAGCUAGGAAAUUGCACUAGCACUCACUUAUGUCAGAGUUCAAAUCUCUCCCUGCCCUCUGCUCAAAGCCUGCACAUCAAGUCCGAACCUGUUUCUCCUCCUAGAGAUCGCAUCAGCAGCACCCCAGUGGGGUAUCCACCGCAGCAGCCCCAGUCACGCCAGGACUCGGGCCGCUCGCCCGCCGACAGCCUCAGCAGUUGCAGCAGCUCACACGAGGGCAGUGACCGUGACGAGCAUCGGAACGAGUUCCACUCGCCCCUGGGACUGGUGCGACCCUCCCUGGAUGAGCGGGAGAGCCCCUCCGUCAAACGAGUGCGCCUGUCCGAGGGCUGGGCCACAUGAUUUAGUUACCCCCCUCCCCCCCAGCUCUUGCUGUCGUGCGCGUUACUGCUAUUUUCGCCCAGGAACAGCGGCCUCUUUUUUUUUUAUUCUACAUUAAUAUUUUAUUAUUAUUAUUAUUAUUAUUAUUAUUAUUAUUAUUGUUUUUUGCAGAGUGUGUGUGAUAUACAUAUUAAAGUAUAUAAAAGUUAUCAGGAUGCUUGGAAGAGUAUUGAAAGCUGAGAGGGGAGAGAGAAUGAAGAGGAUGGGAUGUGCUGUAGAAUUAUGCAUUGCUGUGUCUACAAGUACAUAUGCACGUAUAUUCAUAUAUAUAUAUCUAUAUAUAUAUAAUAUAUAUACGUGUGUGUGUAUAUAUACGUAUACAUAUGUAUGUAUGUAUGUAUGUAUGUAUGAAAAAAUGUCAGGUACUCUGUUUUGUAAAAGUACUUACAACUUGCCUCAGUGAUAAUUACCUAAUAAAAUUAAAUUAAUAAAUGAAAGCAAACAUCGCAAUGACAGCAGCCUAGCACUUGCUAUGACCAGUAAAAACUGAGUACUGGUUAGGUUUUAUUUCUCCCUUCUCCUCUUCGCUGUAAUCCUUUGCAAAAUGUAAGUUACAGUAGAUUUUGUCAUGUUGCAGGUUCAACGUAUUUAUGUAAAUAGAGGGUCCGGGUGGGGUCGGGGGUUUAAAAUUCACAGACUUCUCAGAUGAUUUACAAAUCUAAAGAGGAAACUGUUAUGCAACAUUUGAAGGAUUGUACAGGUAUACCUGCAGACCCAUAGAUAAAGUUGCCCAGCCACAUGGAGUCCAUAAGGAAUAUUUUCCCCUUUAAGUAUGGAGCAUAAUAACGCCAGAGUCGAAAACCAUUCAAUUGAAAGUGGACCAUACUUCAAAAGCCAUGUUAGUUAAAUUAGAGUCAUUUGGGGUCUUGCAAUAGAUACUAGAAUACUCAAAAAUGUAUAUUUGCUUAUAUUUUCAUAUUAAAUUAAUUGAAUGCGAAGCUUUUGUGGCUUUUUGUAGUUUAUAUAAGCCAAAAUAUGUUUUUGAUAGCUUUGCUAAUAUUUCAAGAGACAGACCGAUGAAAAUUAAAAACACGGGCUUUUCCACCCUCAGCUGGGAAAACAGGUAUUGAAAACCCAAGUUUUGUGUUUUGAUUAACUGUUCUCUCUUUGUAGAGGUUUUGUUUUUCCAUUGUGUAUUUAUGAUUAUAUAUAAUAUGAAGAAUAUAAAAAUCUCAGAUUAACAUGCUUGUGUAUAGCUUCAUAUAUAUAUAUAUAUAUAUACUAUAUAUAUAUAUAUAUAUUUAGACACACACACACACACACACACACUAGUCUGGUUCUGUGGAGUUGCACAUAUUGUCUGUGCUGUUCUAUUGAUAUUUUAUAGGACCUGCCAGGUUUUUAUUUAUUUAUAUAUAUAUUUUUUUUUACUUUAACCUCAGUAACCAUUUGGAAUGAUUGGCCUAUAUCUGUUUCAUAUCUGAAUAAAAUACCUCUACAAUCUUACAGUACAUUUACAAUGUGCAGUUCACAUUGAUGUAUACCCAAGUGGUACAAAUUAUGUUGUGUUCAGGAUAAGAACAGUGAUAAGAGUAAAUUUUUUUUAAGCCACUUCUAAAUUAAAAAACUGUUUCGAUAAUUAAAAGUAUUAAGAUGUUUUGACAGUUUUUCUAAAAAAAAAAAUGUUAUAUAUAUGUCCCUGAGACUUUAGGACUUUAUUUAACUUCUUAAUGAAGGGGUGUUGUAUCUGUUUUAGACCAACUGAUGACCAGUGAAUGGUCAGUUAGCCCAUUUGUGUCAGUGGGGUUAGAAAUAAUUGCAAACAAGGCGGGAAUCUCAAAAACUGGUUAAAAAGAAGCACAAUUUGUAACUUUGACAGUUCACUUUUUCUAUUAAUCUGGUGUCUUGUUCUUUUUGCCUCCUGUUCAAUCUGCUGUUGUUCAACUGUUCAUUGCUUUAGUAUUGCUGUAUGCAGUUGAAAUUGGAUCAAAAUAUUGUUAUAUUCUACAUGUGGGAAAAUGCAAGGGGCGGAGCCCCAAAGACUUUUUAUUACUCAGCAGAAGUAGAGAAGCACCUGAGCAGACAGUAGGGGACUGUCCUAAAGGAAAACCAAAGCCAUGGGCAUUUCAGUGCUGUUAGUCGACACUUAAUCCUCUUCUCAGAUACUUGUGAAACGUACAGGUAUUUGCACAGAUCCACAUCUAUGUUGCACAUUACAAUUUGAACUAAUUGCACAUCCAUCUUCAGUAAAUCACAUUUGCAAGUAUUGACACAGAACUCGAAAGCCAAGAAGCAGAAUAGCACACGUCUCUGAAGAGAACUGCAGUAAGAUGCGCUACAACAUAGUUAACAAACAAGGUAUUGACUUAGUUUUUUUUUUUUUUGUUUUUUUUUUUUUUUUUUAAAUAUUCCGUUGGCUGCACUCCUUUCUGUGAAGUCACAACGCCGAUUACUGUUGAAAUUUUGACUCGGUCAUAAUGUUGUUGAACUAAUCACCGUCAUUGUAAAAGGGUCUGUGAUGACAUUUGAAUUCCUGAUAAUUUGCUCUAACCGGGUUGCCUCAACAUCCAGCAAGUCGUUGUCUGCCUCUGCUUGUGCCAUUUCCUCACUAAUAAGAAAAAAAAAAAAGUGUUGUGUCUGCUCUGUGAAUUUCUGUAACGUUUUGGAAGUACAUGGAAGUAUACAGUACAUAAGAUUGCUGUUUUGUACCUGUAGGGUGCUUCAAAGGGUUUAGGUAAUGGCUUUUCGUAUUUUUUAACCAAAGACACGGAGCAAUCUUUUUUUUUGGUUUGGGAAGGGGGGGGGGGGGGGGGGGG